AUGCAGAGAAGAUCUCUCGAGUUUAUCUGGACCAUGGUUGCUGUAGAUUCCUUUUUUCCUAGCCAUGGCAGCUCUUCUUCUAGGAGGAGAAAGAAAGUCUCUACUUUGGAACCAAAUCUUUUUGUUUCGACGUGUAUGGGCGUCUACAGUUCUGAUGUUUCUAUCUCCGCACGGCAAGAAGCUCAAGAUUACUCUUAUGACAGCUGUGGUGAUUUGGCCACUGUUUCUUCCGCUUGUUACGAUUUUGAUGAACGGUGUGGUCUGGAUUCAGCCUUGGAGAUGAGCUGUAGGUCCAAUGGAGACUGCAGUGAGGUUCAGGAGGCUUCUGGUAGUGGUACAGCUUCAUGUAUAGAAAAGAAUCGUCCAGGAUGUACCCUGUAUGCAAGCGGUUGGAUGUAUGGUAAUCAGGAAGGUCAGAUGUGUGGCCCUUAUACGCAACAGCAGCUGUAUGAUGGACUAUCCACUGGUUUUUUACCCGAUGAUCUACUUGUAUAUCCAAUUAUCAAUGGUUAUAUGCCAAAUUCUGUACCACUAAAGUUCUUCAAGCAGUUUCCUGAUCAUGUCGCCACUGGCUUUGCAUAUCUACAAACUGGAAUGAUAAGUGUAGUCCAUCCUGUUAGUAAUAAUUCCACAGUCCAUGAACAUGAGGCUCAAACAGAGCAUACAACUUCUGCUACUCAUUUGAUUUCCCAUCAGAUAUUGCCUCCACAGACCAAUUCUAAUGGUUCUGUCUCAGAUCAGCUUGUGUUAAACCAGGAGGAAACAAAUUUGUUAGCUUCAUACCUCUCAUUGGGAAAUGAACAUGCUUGCUGGUUUCUUGUGGAUAAUGAGGGUAGAAAUCAUGGACCACAUUCUGUAUUGGAGCUCUAUAAUUGGCAGCAGUAUGGAUAUGUCUCGGAUGCAGCCCAGAUACGCGAUGGUGAAAACAAGCUUAGACCAAUAACAUUGGCAUCACUAAUUGAUCUAUGGAGGGUGAAAUGUGGUGGUGCCAAGUUUGACGAGUCAGUCUCUGGGGUGAGCUUCAUAUCCGAAGUUUCUGAAGAACUUUCUUGUCAGCUUCAGAGUGGAAUAAUGAAAAUAGCUAGAAGAGCUCUAUUCGACGAGAUCAUCAGCAGUGUGAUUUCAGACUUUCUUAAGGCCAAGAAAAGUGAGGAACAUCUCAAGUCUGAUCCACUCACUUCUGCCGCCCAUGUUACUGAAUCCAUAUCGUCUCAAGCUACUAGCUCAGAGAAAAAUGCUGUCUCAACCGCUGAAGCAACAGGCUGUAAGAACAUGUUGAAUGAGGGGGGUCAUAGUCAUACAGAGUCACUCAAAUAUACUAAAUCUGUUGGAAGCACUGAGAACUUUCAGACAUGUUGCUCAGCUGUACGUAGAAUACUUUACAACCAUUCAAUGCAAAUCAUGUGGAAUGCUGUCUUUUAUGACACUGUGACAACUUAUUCAUCAUCUUGGAGAAAGAAAAAACUUUGGUUUCGUUCUCCUGAUAUCUCAACUGUUGUUAGCUACUCCAAGGGUUCCCGGACCAAUUAUUCAGACAAACCUGAAGCAGUUGUGAGUGUCUCUUGUAGGAUGAAUUCCUCUUCCUGCAAAACUGCGUGCUUAGAUGAACUUGACUUAGCUACCAAUGCAGCCACUUUUCGUGAAGAGUCAUCUAGAAAAGUAACCUUACCUAGGAAUGAUGGAAUAGAAAGCAUAAUAUCAAGCAUCUCAGAACAUAUAGAAAGGGAACUCCUUUUAUCUCUUGAAACUCACCUGACUGAUUAUACUGGCAUUCUCAUUGAAGAUGGAGCAAAUAAUGAUGCUACUACUGUCCGAGAUGGCAAAAUGCAUGAGGAAAACCUGUCAUCUUUUCAUGGUUCCUUCCAUGAGCAGUCUAAUCUGGAAUUAGCUGGUGAAAAGAAGAAUGACUUAAAUGUGGUUCCUGCUAGGUUGCGUUUUUCCAAUGAUUUCAGUGAUUCUCAGACACUGUUGCAAGAGGGAGAAUCCUCUGAGCAAAUCACAUCUGAGGAUAUUAUUGCUAAUAUAUUUCUUACAGCAUUGGAGACGCCAGACAGUCCUGUUAAUGAUGAACUUGAUACUCAUGAGCCACCACCACCACCUGGAUGUGAAAGCAACUUUAAAAUGCCAUCUCUGCGUUGUAAGUUUCAGCCUGUUAGGGCCAAGGAAUCCAUUCCUGAGAUUGAAGAUUAUGUUGCAAUGGCUUUAUGUAGACAGAAGUUGCACAAGGAUGUUAUGAGAGAUUGGAAGUCACUGUUCAUGAAGAGUUUUCUUAACGAAUUUCUUGCGUCAUGGAAAGGAAGCCAUCAGCUUUCUCAUGCAGAAACGUUGGCCCCGAGGAAGCUCAAGACUUUGACUCGGAACAAAAAGCAAGUACAGUCUAGUAUAUCGAAUCAGAAAGCAGAUAAGCCGAGGAAACCAUCUGUCAGAUCUUCUGAAAAGAUUGUGGCCAAACGAUCUAAGAAAUUGUUGACAGAUUCUCAUUCCUUGAAAGAAUCUCAUAAUGUCGAUAUGCCCAGCAUUGAUUUCUCAGUUCAGAAACCAAGUCAACAGAAGAUGAGGAAUUCUGACUGGCGGGAUCAGUGUAUCUUAAAGGAUGUGACAAAGUUUCGUAAAGAAAAAGUUAGUAAAGAUGCUCCUAGUAAGUUGAUAUGCGAGAAGAGCCAAGAUGUUGAAUUGCCAGAUGAAUUUGAUGACGAAUUCCUUGUCACAAGGCUAAGAAGGAUAACAAGGAAUAAAAAAAAAGAGUUACGAGAAGGUACAAAUGUUGCAAAAUCUUGUGAGGAGAUGACAACAUCCGCUGAGGAAUCUGGGGAAACCGUUGACUGCAAAGGUCAUGAGGAAAAUCUUUCAAAUAAGUCUUCUCAGAAAAUACAAAAAGCUCGUAUAUUAAAGCUAAAGAGAAAGAGUAUGUCAGAUGUCAGAGUCCAAGGUACAAAAUCUUGCAAUGGAGCAGUCAGAGAUUCUGCUGAGAUUUCUGGAAAGGAAGGUGACAGCGAAAGCCUCGGUUUUGCAAUCAAGGAAAAAGUUGACCCUCAACCCCUCAGCAAAAGAUGGAAAAAAGAUGCUGCGAAGAACUGUCAAGAUGUGUCAACCCCUACUGGAAAUCCUGAGAAAUCUGCUGAAGGGAAAAAUUUGGUGGAAAAGUCGGUGUGCAGUGUAUCACAGAAGGCCCGAAAGUCAUCGCCAGCCUCAAUGCUAAAGAGGAAGCGCCCGUUGGAUGAAAAAAUCCCUGAUGUACCUUUGUGUCGGAGGUUAUCCCUGUCUGCCAAGGAUACCGAGGUUGCUGUUGUUAAGGAAGGCUAUCAUGUUGGAAAUGAAGAAAAGAUUCCCUGCAAUACAUCAAAUAAGCUGCAGAAAGUAGGUUCGAAGAAAUUGAAGCCUAAAAGGAAACUAUUAGCAAAAGAUACAGCAGAGCUUUCUCCCAUUAAGGAUUUGACAAUGGAUUAUGGCAUCCCCAGGACGGUUGCAUUGAAACCAUUGGCAAAGCUGACGCCGAAAGCAGGCAAAAAAAGGGUGUUAAUGUCAAUGCCAAAGUCUGAUGGAUGUGCACGCACGUCUAUUAAUGGCUGGCAUUGGCAUGCAUGGUCGUUAAAGGCUAGUCCUGAAGAGAGAGCUCGCGUUAGGGGAAGUUCUUGCGUACACACACAACAUUUUGGUUCCAAAAUUAAUUUGACUCAAAAUGUUCUUUCCGCAAGAACUAAUAGGGCAAAAAUGCGUAAUCUUCUAGCUGCUGCAGAUGGUGCUGACCUCAUGAAAAUUUCUCAGUUGAAGGCUAGGAAAAAGCGCUUGCGGUUUCAACAAAGCAGUAUUCAUGAUUGGGGUCUUGUCGCACUUGAACCAAUUGAAGCUGAGGACUUUGUGAUUGAAUAUGUCGGAGAGUUGAUACGUUCUUCUAUAUCUGAGAUACGUGAACGCCAAUAUGAAAAGAUGGGAAUUGGAAGCAGCUAUCUUUUCAGGCUUGACGAUGGCUAUGUGGUUGAUGCCACAAAGCGUGGUGGCAUAGCGAGGUUUAUAAACCAUUCAUGUGAGCCUAACUGUUACACCAAGAUUAUAAGCGUGGACGGCCAGAAAAAGAUAUUCAUUUAUGCUAAACGGCAUAUAGACGUCGGUGAAGAAAUAUGUUACAACUACAAGUUCCCACUGGAGGACGACAAGAUCCCCUGUAACUGUGGAGCGCAAAAGUGUCGUGGAUCGCUGAACUAG